AUGACUGCAUUCGAACAAAUUGACAAAAACUCUCCAAAAGAUCCAGCUCAUUUAACUAUCCGUACAAAGAUGGAAGCUCUAAUUAAACAAAAGCAAUUGGAAAUUACCAGUAAGUUGCAAGAAGUAGAUGGUGGCACUACUUUUAAGAGAGAUUCCUGGUCUAGAGGUGAAGGAAUGGGUGGGGGUAGUUCUAUGGUUAUUUCUAACGGUAAUGUAUUUGAAAAGGGUGGUGUCAAUAUUAGUGUAGUUUAUGGUGACUUAUCACCAACCGCUAUUCAAGCAAUGAAACACGACCAUAAGAAUUUAGAAGCUAAUGGUGCUGGUUGCAAAUUUUUUGCUUGUGGCUUGAGUAUGGUCAUUCAUCCUAAAAGCCCACAUGUUCCUAUUACCCAUUUAAAUUAUAGAUAUUUCGAAACUUGGGAUUCUAAGGGCAAUCCUCAAACCUGGUGGUUUGGUGGUGGUGCUGACUUAACCCCAAUUUAUUUAUAUGAAGAAGAUUGUAAACUAUUCCAUCAAAAUCAUAAAAAUGCUUUGGAUAAACAUGAUGUCACAUUAUACCCAAAAUACAAAAAAUGGUGUGAUGAAUAUUUCACCAUCAAGCAUAGAAAUGAAAAUAGAGGUGUUGGUGGUAUCUUUUUUGAUGACUUUGAUGACCGUGAUCCAUUAGAAAUUUUGAAAAUUGUUGAAGAUGCUUUUGAUGCUUUCUUACCAAGUUAUGUUCCUAUCGUUUUGAAAAGACGUGAUUUGCCUUUCACUGAGGAAGAAAAGAAAUGGCAAUUGAUUAGACGUGGUAGAUAUGUUGAAUUUAAUUUGAUUUAUGAUAGAGGUACCCAAUUUGGAUUGAGAACCCCUGGUUCCAGAGUUGAGAGUAUUUUAAUGAGUUUGCCUGAAUACGCUUCUUGGGUUUAUAAUUAUGAACCUGCCCCUGAUACCAGAGAAGGUAAAUUACAAAAAAUUUUAAGAAAUCCAAUUGAAUGGGUUUGA